CAGAAGACGACCUUCACUCAGCCACCUCCCACCCUCAAGAGGCGCGCCCCCAAACCUCAGACCGACCUCACCUCCAGACUCAAUCGCACCCGUCCUGAAGGAGGAAGAAUUGCAGCGCGACCCCAGAUGGCCAGAACAAACGCACAGAAAGGAGCCUGCGAUCGCUGCCGCGGGCAGAAGCUCCGAUGCACAUGGGACCCUAACGAGCCGCAAUGCCAGCGAUGCGCGAGGGCCAAUGCCGUAUGCACCAUCCCCCCGCCGCGGCCGAUGGGGAGGCCGCCGCGACGACAGAAUCGCAGCCAGAGCACUAGCAGCCACAGUUGCGCCCAAAGUCCGGGCGCUCCGGGCGGCGGCCAAGGAAUGUAUUGCUGGAACGAGCAGAAUGCGACGCCUACUCCGCCCAUCUCCGACGGGGACACCGACAUCACCAUGAACUCAGCCAGUGUGCUCUCCGACCCGCCAGAAUUCUUCCCAUGGUUCCCUGAACACGACGGUCUCAAUCUCUUCGCCCCCAGGAGCACGACGGUCAUAGCGCCGAUGGCGGUGUCGCCUCCAAUGUCGACAGGAACUGCGACAACCGAUAGCAGUCGUCCCUUCGGCCUACAGAGUGAAAUGCUCACACCGCCGCUUGAUGCCGGGGGGAAGCUGGCUGAGGAAAAUCAAUCAAACCACGGAUGCAUACACGAGGGCCACCCUAUAGAUCUCGCUACCACGAAAGUCGAGGAGACAAGCGGUGAUCAAGAGCAGAUCCAGCUCCUCACACAGCUCUGUGAGCUAAACGUGGCCCUCUUUCAGCAUCCCCUCCAUCGCGAGCGAGACAAGUCAUAUCUGCGGCCCGCGAUGACCCCCAACUCGGAUGACAUGAGCCAGCCCCAAGCCGGCAGCUCCCCGUCGGCCGGCAACUCGCCGGCUUCCUCCGACGGCUCUUCCAUUGCCGAUCUCAACAUCGGCGAUCUACGCACAGGGAGCCUGUUCCAACUGACCUGCCGGCUCAAAGACAUCAUUACGCGGAUCCGGGCCCACGACGAGGCGACUGCGCACGGCCCGAAACGUUACGACCCCUCGACCGCACUUAUGGCUCUCAGUUGCUAUACCCGGCUGGAUCUCUUGUUUUCACGUGCUCUCGACAUUCUAGUCCGGCUCCGCAACAGCGGCCCCAUCCCCGAGAGCAUGCGAUACUUGAUGCCCGAGCUGGUCAUAGACGGCUUUUCCAUGGCGGGGACCCUCGACCUCCAGCUCAGCUUCCUCAUUCACCUCCACGAGCAAGCGCGGGACCGCAUCAGGACAUGCAUUAGGAGCGCCGGAGGGCCAGCUCGGGUUGGACGGGACAAGGGGGAUUCGAUCAGGCAAGGAGCCCCUGCACCAGUCACAAUAGGCUCAUAGCAUUUAUUGGCAAACCGAAAUGGUGAACAUGACCUUGUCCCAUCACUUGUGUAUGAGGUAUCGCAGGUAUCACAUCUCACGGCGUUCCAGUACGGAAUGUCGGAGAAAAUAAAAAGACAAAUUAGGGGCGGCACGACAUAGCACAACCGGUCAGUGCCAAAUGUCAUCGAAGAGGGGAAUUUGUCUACCCUUCAUUCCACAUUAGAGCACCCGGUAGGUAAAACAUAUUUCGAGCAUCACCAUUCAGCGCCCUUAUUGUUCAGUCCUAAUUGUUU